AUGAGACUAAACACGGAGUGCCUUCUAGGUUUUAUUGGGUAUUACAAAAGAUUUUUUGAUAGCGGCUACUACAAGGAGGGGAUAAAAGAGCUCAGAUGUAAGAGAAUUCUGGUAAGUUGAUAGAUGUUUAUAUACGUUAGAAUUGUUUUCCAGCGCUUGACGCGACGUUCACGCCGCCUUUUCCUCGAUGAUUACUCCCACGUCGCCAUUGACUAUUGCUUAACAUGGUCAGUCCCGAUUUAAGUGUAUUACUGUGUAUAUUAAUGCCUUUUUUGAACAAAAAUAAUUCUCAAUCCUAGCAGAUUUUGCGUACACUAUCCGCGCUGUUUCAGCGAAGGCAAGCCACGCGUGGGCAUAACAUUAACAAAAGAUACGAAAAAGGAAGGAGAAAAUGAAACUGAUGAGUUACCGCAUAUUGUGUCAUAUAUCGAGCCGGUCGAUAUACUGUGGGUUAUUCCGUAUAUAGACAGUCUUGAGUUGAAGGAAUACGAUGGGAAGUUGAUUAGUGAUGACGUAGUGGAAAGUGAAUCGAAGAAGAGCAAAUGUGAGGCUUUGAAAUUACUGUAGUGUUGGGUAUCUGAUAUGGCUGUAUAUCUUGUAGUCAGAUCUCAUUUGAAUUCACCUAUGCGUUUAUUGUAGGUGAAUUACAUGGCACUUUUCAGUUGAUGACGAAGAAAGAGUUUGGAAGGAAUACGAGGAAGUUACAAUCCGCCUUAUCAAGUCGCUAGAAAAGUAAGAUCGCCUUCAGUAUUGAGCCCUUUUCGCAGUGUUAAGAUGAAGAAGAUCGCUUGCAAUAUAGGACAAAUAAAAGUCCUCUCCCACUUAUUGAUCGCUGAUGCUUGGAGCGUCAGUAAUGAUGACUUUACGGUUGAGAGGAAUAACAAACUUCUGAAAGUUGAGGCCUUGAGCCCUUACAAAUGCUUGGGGGACUUCCUGCAACUCGCAUAGUAGGUUCCUUCUAUGUGUAUAUGUAGCUAAAUAUUAGCGGCACGAAAUGUGAUGAUACAGAGAAAUUGGAGAUUGAAAUCCUGGGAGAGUACAAAGAUUGCCAUAUCACUGACAUACAAAAGUUACAGGAGUAUUUUCCACUCUUGCGAAAGAUCAAAAUCUACUGGAAUGUAGGUAGAACACCCUUAAUCUUACCAUCUUUUCCAUAGUAUGAAAGUGGGAAGCUGACAACAAGCAUUGUCGAACCUUUGAUGGCCACAAAGUUUGAACGGCCAAUGAAAGUCACCAUCGCAACGGAUGAUGGUCGUGUAAGUAUAAGAUGAGAAAAUUCAUUCAAAUUCUCAGUCGGAAGACGAUGAUAUCAUAGAAAUGGUAAAUCUUAUUCUGAAAUGGAGGGAAUUGGACCCAAAUGUCAGCAUCACACUCUGCAUCACCGACAAUGGUGGAAUUGAGGACGAACUCAGCGAAGACGUCUUACACGAGUUCGAAAAAAUAGUGGGGCUACCGGACUCGUCUGAGUAUACGUAUAAGUUUGUUGGCGAUCGGCUCAAAGUUAUCGUGACUGAAGUAGGUUUCCGACCACAUGUAUCAAAGGCAAUCUGAUUUUUUAAGGAUAUCGAUUGA